GCGAGCCGCAAAGCGCGAAGAAAUAUGACUAGUUAAAGGACUGAAAUUGACUUUUUAAAUAAACAUCUAACAUUUUCCUCCAUCGCCGCAACUGAACUCGCCGUCGUUUAUAUCACCUCCGGCCACCACAGUAUACACCGAUUUCACAUCCUUCAGUAAACGACAUAAUGUUGCUAAAACUGAUGCAAAAUCCAAAUAGAAGAACCCCUUUGUUCUUUUUGUCGACAGUGAGAAAAUAUUUCUCGACUUCCAGUCAAGCAGCAGUUGAUCUGGCUUCCAAAGAUGGGGAAAUGAGGAUCUUUUUAGUUGCAGGAGAGGUUUCUGGAGAUGUUAUCGGUUCUCGUCUGAUAGCCGCUCUGAAGAAGCUUUCUCCAUACCCUAUACGUGUUGCUGGCGUUGGAGGAUCUAUGAUGGCAAAGCAGGGAUUGAAAUCCCUUUUUCCAAUGGAAGAUAUUGCAGUGAUGGGGAUCUGGGAGUUGUUGCCGCAUCUAAAAAAGUUGCGGGUUAGACUGAAAGAAACAGUUGAUGCUGCAAUCUCGUUUCGUCCUCAUGUUGUAGUGACAAUUGAUUCCAAGGGAUUUUCUUUUCGUCUCCUAAAACAGUUAAAGGCUAGAUAUUGCCAACAUGAAAAUAACGCCCCGUUGCACUUUCAUUACGUUGCACCGUCUUUCUGGGCCUGGAAAGGGGGUGAAGAAAGACUUAACGGGCUUUCUAAGUUUGUGGAUCAUGUCUUGUGCAUCCUACCGUUUGAAGCGGAAGUUUGCGUAUCUCGUGGAGUACCUGCAACCUUUGUGGGCCAUCCUGUUCUAGAAGAUAUUCAAGAGCUGAAAGGAAAUGCUAACUUGUUCCGGAGAGAAUACGGAAUCUCUUCAGGGUCGACAGUUAUUACCGUGCUUCCUGGGAGCAGAUUACAAGAAGUGACUCGUAUGCUGCCGAUUUACUCAAAAACCAUUGAUCUUUUAAAAGACUCUGUUAAAGACCCGGCUACAGUGAUCCACGUGGCACCUAACCAACAUGUAGAAAACUACAUCAAAAAAACCGUCAAUGAGUGGACUGCGGAUGUAGUACUGGUUCCAGGAGGAUCGUCACAUACAAAGUAUGAUGCAUUCAGUGCAAGCGCAGUGGCAUUAUGCACAUCGGGAACAGCAGCAAUGGAGCUGCACCUUGCACGAUUACCAUGUGUCGUAGCUUAUCGGGCUCAUUUCUUGACAGAAUGGGUCAUACGUUACAAAGCUAAAAUACCUUACAUCUCCCUCCCUAACAUCCUUCUUAAUUCACCUGUAAUUCCCGAAGCCCUAUUUCGUGAAUGCACGCCUACAAGACUUGCAUCAUUGCUAAUGGAACUAAUGCAUAAUGAAGAAGUUCGGGCAGAACAGAUUUCCGCAGCUGAGAAGGUUAGACAACUGUUGUCUCCACCACUGGCACGAGCUGCUCGUGGUGACUUGGAUUGCAAGGAACCGAGUUUUGAUAACUCGCCAAGUUUGAUAGCAGCUCGGACGAUUUUAUUCCAUCGAAAAGUUGCUGCGGGUCCUGCAUGUGACCCGACAGACCCCAAUUGCGUCCUCGCCCCCUCCAAAAAGAGACCCAGAAUCGUCGAAGGCUCGAAAGAUGAUUCGUAUGCUGAAAGAAUAAAGGCCGAUGCCCAUGUUGAUGACAGACCUGAAAUUGUUGUAGUUGGUCAUUGAUCUAGCUUUCAUGUCGUAUGUUGAUUCAUACAUAAUCUUUCUCCUA